UUACAACUUGAGUUUUAUUACAUUAUGAGGCCAAUUAAUGGUUUUGGUGUUUGGUCAACUAUAAUAUUGUUUUGCUUCCUGAGUGAGAAUUCUGAGGCUAAACAAAGAAGAAAAAAUGUGUACGGUCGUACAUUGGAACGCAACGCUGAGAAGAAUCAUGGAGGCAAUUGUAUAAACAAAGUAGCUAUAUCUAUGUUUUCAAAAAAGAAUAAAUCUAUUGGAGUCUGUGGAAAAAAUAGUGAGAACCCUUAUGGUAGAAUUAAUACGAAUGAACCAAAGUAUCCAUCUGUAUUUACUGACCUUACAAGAAAAGAAAUGAAAGGGUUACUUGACUAUUUGUAUUCAAGUAAAGAACUAAAUCUCACCAAAUUUAGAAACGCAACUUCAAAGAGUAACUAUCUUUUCCUAGCAGAAAUGUUUAUGCCAUCUAAAGCAGCAGUGUUGAACUAUUUAGAUAAUGGUUAUAGUAAACCACCACGAGAGGCGCAUGUUGUCUUAAUCAGAGGUGGCGACCCGACACCAAAUGUUCUUGAAAUAGUUGUUGGACCACUUCCAUUUCCUAACGGAUACCGACUGGUUCCUUAUCGAUCACAACCAAUUCCAUUCUUUCAAAGGCCUCUUACAUCUAUUGACAGCAUUUCCCAAAGACUGAAAGAAUAUGUAGACAAAGAAUUCGGAAGAGCGCUUUAUGAAUUAUACGGAGGUAAUCUGAUCAACUGUGGGAACAAAUGUUUAGAUGUGGGGCUUUUCGCUGAAGUUCCGAUAUCAAAGAAUGAAGAAAAAAGGUUUGCCUGGUACAGUUUUAAUCAAAACUCUGAACACAAUCUUUUGAGACCAGUAGAUUUUUCAGUAUAUGUAGAAAUCAAUUUUGAAAUCUUUAAAGUCUUAAAAAUUUGGUUUAAUGGAAGAAUAUUUGAAAAAUGGAACCAAGUGAGAGAUUUUUACAUACGAAAUAAACGAAGAAUUAAAAAAAUCCGUUUCCCCGAAGAAUCUGAUAAUAUUUCUUUAAGCAUGAAAAGAAGGGGACAACCACCGUUCUCUAAACCAUUACGAAACCCGUCACAGAUUUCUCCAGAUGGAAAACGAUACAACAUCAAAGGGAGACAAGUCACAUACAUGUUUUGGAAAUUUGAUAUAAGUAUGUCAAUAUUUACUGGACCACGUCUUUUUGAUAUAAGAUUCAAAAAUCAGCGUAUAGCAUAUGAAAUAAGUGUACAAGAAUUAACAUCGUUUUAUUCUGGAUAUAAACCAACGGAACAUUACUUCAAUUUCUUUGAUGUUAGAUUAUUGCUAGGCUUGCGAUCAAAGUAUUUAGAACCUGGCGUAGACUGUCCCAUUGAUGCAACAUACGUCGGUUCAUACUUUGUAGACAGAAGUUCAGACACUCCAAUUCAUAAUGCACGUUCAUUUUGUGUAUUUGAACUUAACACUGAAAUGCCUUUGAGACGUCACCAUGGAUACUCGAGGUCCUCCCACAGAUUUUACGAGGGUAUGGUUAGUGUCGUAUUAAUUGUCAGAACUAUUAUAACCGCUGGGAAUUAUGACUACAUUAUAGAUUACAUAUUUUACCAAACUGGUGGAAUAGAAGUGAAGGUCAGUGCUUCGGGCGUUAUAAUAGCAACAUAUCACGGACGUCAAAAUCCGUACAGUUUUGAAAUAAGUGAAAAUUUAAUGGGUCUGAUUCAUCAACAUUUAUAUCACUUUAAAGUUGACAUGGAUAUAAAAGGAAGAAACAACCGAUUUGAAACUCUGGAUAUUGAAAAUGAUGUCGUUUCUAGUAACGAAAAUCCAAAUUCAAAAAUACAUCAAAUAAGAUUUGCCAGAAAAUUGAAGGUAACUGAGAAGCAAGCAGCAUAUAAACACAACUUUCAGCAACCCAAACUCCUAGUGAUAUCAAAUAAUAAUAUAAAAGAUAAAUUCGGUAAUACACCCGGUUAUAGAAUAUUGAAUACAGGAUUGACGCAUAAUAUUCGACCACCAGGAACGGGAAACGAACCAGGUAUUAGUUGGUCACGCUAUCAACUUGCUAUUACCAAACGAAAAGAAAGCGAACCGGGAAGCAGUUCCAUCUACCAGCACAAAAAUCCAGACCAACCUAUAGUAAGGUUUCAGGAUUUCAUAGACGACGAUGACAACAUUGUUGAUAAGGACAUCGUGGCAUGGAUUACAAUGGGAUUUUACCAUAUUCCUACAAAAGAAGACCUACCAGACACGCACACUCCUGGAACAGAACAAAGCUUUUUCUUGUUACCAUUUAAUUACUUUGAUGAAAAUCCAGCAAUGUCAUCUCGAAAUGCAAUUAGAAUUGACCCUAUAGAUGUCAAAGGUCAGACAAAGUCGGUCAAGGUUGAACGCUACGGUGUACGAAAAGACAUCGAUUGUAUACCUCCAAAGAAUUAUUAUGACCAAGUGAUUAAGGCAGAUCCUUGUCUUGUAGUUCAAUGUUUAUAGCCAAAGAAAAAUAAAUAAAAAGGUUUUUGAAAAAUCA